AUGCACGCCCAGGGCUUGGCUCCAUACAAGCCCACACAGCAAUACUUCCUUCGGCUCGGCGCCGAGGCCAUCGGCUCCAUCCUCCGGCCUCCCACUGGUGGGCGCUCAGCAGCCGGUGCGACGUUGGGGACGGCCAGCCUUGCUCGACGGCAGCUCUCGUCAGGUGGCACGGGUCCACCCCCCGCCAGCCGCUGUCCAAUUGCUGUGGCGUGUUGGCAAACGACCGGGGCCCCUUGCCACUCCAGGGGGGCCCUUGCCACCCCAGGGCGGGCCAAGGCCAGAAAGGUGCGACGAGCGCCGACGCCUUUACCCCAGGUUGGCAGGUCCAAAGGGCUCCCAAGACUUUGUGGAUCUUACCUAUCUAUGCCAAUUUUCCCCGUCGGUGGGAGAGGGUGGCACAUCUCGGCGCGCCAUGGAGCGUCUUCGAUUGGGCAGAGGUGGGAUAUUUGGGGCGGCGAGAUUGGGGGUGCCAGAGAGAGCGUGAGAGCCCAGCUUCCUGCUUCCUGCCAGCGCUCCUCCUGCUCUCUCCUUGUCGGGAGCCGAGCUGGCCAGUCGAGUCCAAGACACUGUCGACAGGAUUUGGAGAAAAGAAUCGAGGCAGCCAGACGCGGACCACUUAUCUGGCCUGGCCCACCCACCCACCACGUCCGGAAUUGA